UCUAAACCCGCCUCUUUCUCUCUCAGACUCCCUCCCUUCCUGUUCCCCUCCUGCCCCUUUCCUCCCACCUUGCUCCUGGUGUAGUGUCCUGAACUGCAUGCAUUUCCUGGCUACCAGGGCCUGGCCCGCAAGCAGCCGCGGGCUUUGUCCUCGUUGCUCUCCUUGCCAAGUCCCGUCUCUCUCUGCUAGUGGUGGUUUCGGUUGCGACACAGUCCAGGUUCCCAGGCAGGAGCCGCUGGGCCUGGCUGCUUCGCUACUUUUCACUGAGGAGGUGGUGGAAGGUGUCGCCUGCUAUGGCUGAGUAAGGGUGGCUGCUGGAGCCGCAGCCCCCGCCCUGGGCCUGGUUCUUCCCGGCCUCUGUACUUUGCCCUCGCUGCCUGACAGGUUCUGCUGUGGCUCUGCUGAAUGGAAGUUGCUGGUAGUCCUUGUCCCUUUCUCCAGCCGGCCCACCUUGGGACACCUCGACUCCAAGCCCAGCAGUAAGUCCAACAUGCUGCGGGGCCGCAACUCAGCCACCUCUGCUGAUGAGCAGCCCCAUAUUGGCAAUUAUCGACUCCUCAAGACUAUUGGCAAGGGUAACUUUGCCAAGGUGAAGUUGGCUCGGCACAUCCUGACUGGGAAAGAGGUAGCUGUGAAGAUCAUUGACAAGACUCAACUGAACUCCUCCAGCCUCCAGAAACUAUUCCGGGAAGUAAGAAUAAUGAAGGUUUUGAAUCAUCCCAACAUAGUUAAAUUAUUUGAAGUGAUUGAGACUGAAAAAACUCUCUACCUUGUCAUGGAGUACGCCAGUGGAGGAGAGGUGUUUGAUUACCUAGUGGCUCAUGGCAGGAUGAAAGAAAAAGAGGCUCGAGCCAAAUUCCGCCAGAUAGUGUCUGCUGUGCAGUACUGCCACCAGAAGUUUAUUGUUCAUAGAGACUUAAAGGCAGAAAACCUGCUCUUGGAUGCUGAUAUGAACAUCAAGAUUGCAGACUUUGGCUUCAGCAACGAGUUCACCUUUGGGAACAAGUUGGAUACUUUCUGUGGCAGUCCCCCUUAUGCUGCCCCAGAGCUCUUCCAGGGCAAAAAGUAUGAUGGACCCGAGGUGGAUGUGUGGAGCCUGGGAGUCAUCCUGUACACACUUGUCAGCGGAUCUCUGCCUUUUGAUGGACAGAACCUCAAGGAACUGCGGGAGCGGGUACUGAGGGGAAAAUACCGUAUUCCAUUCUACAUGUCCACGGACUGUGAAAACCUGCUUAAGAAAUUUCUCAUUCUCAAUCCCAGCAAAAGAGGCACUUUAGAGCAAAUCAUGAAAGAUCGAUGGAUGAAUGUGGGUCACGAAGAUGAUGAAUUAAAGCCUUAUGUGGAGCCACUUCCUGACUACAAGGACCCCCGGCGGACAGAAUUGAUGGUGUCCAUGGGUUACACACGAGAAGAGAUCCAGGACUCACUGGUGGGCCAGAGGUACAACGAGGUGAUGGCCACCUAUCUGCUUCUCGGCUACAAGAGCUCCGAGCUGGAGGGCGAUGCCAUCACCUUGAAGCCCCGGCCUUCAGCUGAUAUGACCAAUAGUAGUGCUCCUUCCCCCUCCCACAAGGUACAGCGCAGCGUCUCAGCCAACCCCAAGCAGCGGCGCUUCAGCGACCAGGCUGGUCCUGCCAUUCCCACCUCAAAUUCCUACUCUAAGAAGACUCAGAGUAACAACGCAGAAAAUAAGCGGCCUGAAGAGGAUCGGGAGUCAGGGCGGAAGGCCAGCAGCACAGCCAAAGUGCCUGCCAGCCCCUUGCCUGGCCUAGAGAGGAAGAAGACCACCCCCACCCCCUCCACGAACAGCGUCCUCUCCACCAGCACAAAUCGAAGCAGGAAUUCCCCACUUUUGGAGAGGGCCAGCCUUGGCCAGGCCUCCAUCCAAAAUGGCAAAGACAGCCUAACCAUGCCAGGGUCCCGGGCCUCCACGGCUUCUGCUUCUGCCGCAGUCUCUGCGGCCCGACCCCGCCAGCACCAGAAAUCCAUGUCGGCCUCCGUGCACCCCAACAAGGCCACUGGGCUGCCCCCCACGGACAGUAACUGUGAGGUGCCGCGGCCCAGCACAGCCCCCCAGCGUGUCCCUGUCGCCUCCCCCUCCGCCCACAACAUCAGCAGCAGUGGUGGAGCCCCAGACCGAACUAAUUUCCCUCGGGGUGUAUCCAGUCGAAGCACCUUUCAUGCUGGGCAGCUCCGGCAGGUGCGGGACCAGCAGAAUUUGCCCUACGGUGUAACCCCAGCCUCUCCCUCUGGUAACAGCCAGGGACGGCGGGGGGCCUCGGGGAGCAUUUUCAGCAAAUUCACCUCCAAGUUUGUACGAAGGAACCUGAAUGAACCUGAAUGCAAAGAACGAGUGGAGACGCUCAGACCUCACGUGGUGGGCGGCGGAGGCAAUGAUAAAGAAAAGGAGGAGUUCCGGGAGGCCAAGCCACGCUCACUUCGCUUCACGUGGAGCAUGAAGACCACGAGCUCCAUGGAGCCCAAUGAGAUGAUGCGGGAGAUCCGCAAGGUGCUGGACGCAAACAGCUGCCAGAACGAGCUGCACGAGAAGUACAUGCUGCUGUGCAUGCACGGCACGCCGGGCCACGAGAACUUCGUGCAGUGGGAGAUGGAGGUGUGCAAACUGCCACGGCUGUCUCUCAACGGGGUGCGGUUUAAGCGGAUAUCAGGCACCUCGAUGGCCUUCAAAAACAUUGCCUCCAAAAUAGCCAAUGAGCUGAAGCUUUAACAGGCUGCCAGGAGUGGGGGGUGACGGAGGUGGCCCGCUGGACUUAGCUGUUGGGCCACCACUCCAGCCCACCUGGGCGAGACUGCAGAGACAGAUUGGCGUGUCUCCCCCUGCUGGCACUUCUCCCUCCCCGCCCUGCUCAGUUUUUUCUUCCAUGUUUGUGGGGAUGGGAGAUGGUUCUUGCCCCCCACGUUUACCCCUGCCCAGAUAUUCCCCUUCCCCCUCUCUCCCACAGGAGGUAAAGGAAGGGAGGAGGGGUAGGGGGGCAGGGCUCCCCCUCGGUACUGCGGUUGCACAGAGUAUUUCGCCUAAACCAAGAAAUUUUUUAUUACCAAAAAGAAAAAAGAAAAAAAAAAUCCCAGCGGCCACCUUUCCUCCCUGCCCCAUUGGGACAGUCGAGACUGGAUCUGUGGGGUUUCCCGGGAGGGUGGCUCAGGGCUGGAACACUCUCAGGCAAGAGUGGUGGAGUUCCCUGUCAGGCCCUCCGCCAGGCCCACUUUGGGCUUCUCCCCUCUCCUCCCCCCCUUCCCCUCCAAGCAAACCACCAGAGGUGGCCUUCCCCUGACCUCAGGCCCCUAGGCUGGAGCCUGGGGGGCUAGGGGCUGGGGUGGGGGUGCUGCACAGCCCUGAGGUGGGUGGGCUGGCAGCGAGGCGCGGGGCUCUGGCCUCCCUCCAUACUGUAUCCUCUGCCCCCCUUCCCCAGAGCUGGGCAUUUCCUUCCACAAGCUGCUGUGGGGACUUUUGUCCCCCCCUCCCUCAAAAGUCUGUGCCAUCUUGUCCACCCCCUCCCUGAUAGAAGGCGGGGCUGACCCUAGGGCUGAGAGGGGAGGGGACUGCAGGGCAGAUGGGCCCCUGGGCUCCCAGGGGGCCGCCUGGGCUGCUAGUCUUCAAACAGGGACGCUGGGCAUUCUCCAUUCUGGGAGAGCCUUUUGUCUGAAAGCACAGCCCCGCUCCCGUUCCUCUUCCCUCCCCACUGCUCCCGUCAUUGGCAUUAAUCUGGGCACCAGCUAGUUCCAUAGCAGUGACUUCCCUCACCACUCAUCUCUGGGCCUUGCCUUUUUUUUCCUGACACUGUCGCCCCUCCUCUCAGGAGACACUGCCCAGAGCUUCCUAGGCCACCUGGCAGGAGGCUGGAUAGGGCAGCAGGGCCGGGAGCCUCUGCCCUCCACUGGGUGGGGGGACAGAUAGGCCAAGUGACUCCCAACUUGCUAACCUCCAUGGCCAGUGUGGGAGUGGCUGGUUAUGGGCGCUUGGCUGGUGGCGGCCGCUGCAUCCCUUAAUUUAUUUCUCUGCUGUUUCUGUUCUUGAGAAAUUGGGGGAAGGGGUCCUGCACAGAGGCUGCCCCUACCCUCACCUAAGUUGUACAUUUUUUUGUGAUGGGUUUUAUUUUUUAUUUUAUUAUUUUAUUUUAUUUUUUUGAUUUAUGAUGACUCCACCCCUACUCAUCACCCCCACUCCCAGGCCAGGCUCCAUGGCAAGUAAAGCCCUUGGGUCCCAGGAAGGGGCCUUGCCAACCUCAGUCCUCCUGCCCCCAAGCCCAACUUCGGGGCUCAGCUCCAACCAAGGGCUCCCCCUCCUUUCCCCCUCCCUCCCUCCUGCCCUAUGGAACAGCCCUGGUGCUCCGAGGGGCUGGGAGGGCAUGGCUUGGCUCCCAAAGGGGGUGGUGGUGGCCAGGGGGCUCCCAGGCAAGGUGGCCCCUCCCCACCCAGUCCCCACUCCUGCACUUAGUUUCUCCUCUGGAUCAAACACGUAAUAAAGAGAAUGUUUGGAAUCUGA